AUGGUUGCAACAGCAUCAGGCGCCAACGUACCGCGGACUUAUGGUUUCGUCCUAUUCCGCAUGUUCGACAUGCUCGACCUGUAUGGGCCAUCUGAAGUCCUGCAAUUCAUUGGCGGAUCAUACCAGACAAACAUUGUCUACAUUGCCGAGACUCUGGACCCAGUGACGACGCGGCCCGCACUGGCAGCCAUGAACCCGUUGAACUCAUCAGUCUACCCGUCCAUAACACCAACACACACAUUUGAGACUGCGCCGGAACUCGACGUACUGGUUAUACCUGGUGGACCUGGAUGGCGCAACCCAACCACGCUCAACGCUACCAUGGAGUAUAUUCGUAAGACGACGCCGAAAGUACAGCAGGUGCUUACCAUCUGCACGGGCUCGGCACUCGCAGCGCGUUCGGGUAUCUUGAACGGCAAGAGGGCGACUUCGAAUAAGUCGUCUUGGUUGUCGACGGUGCAGAAUAACCCAAACACGACCUGGGUGCCGCACGCGCGAUGGGUCGAGGACUACUCGAGCUCACCACCCAUCUGGAGCUCGUCGGGAGUCACGGCGGGUAUCGAUAUGGUGCUUCAUUGGGUCGAGAAGACGUAUAAUCUUGAGAACGCAACGACUAUUGCGCGCUUCAUUGAGCAUGUGCGUAUCACGGAUCCGAGUAUUGAUCCGUUUGGUAGAAACGAGACAGUGAGUCGGUAG